GUUGUAAUUUCCACAUCAAUUUGACCGUUUGGGAAGACGAAGUGCAUUUGAAACCAUUCAAGCCCAUUGGGCCAAAUCGUUGCUUCGAGCAGGCCUGCUGCUUUCUCAGGUCACGUAGCCCGCACGCACGCUGCCGUCGACCGCUAGUUGACCUUCCCUUCCCUCAGAACCCUAACGAGCGGUGAGCCGCCUCUCUCGAGCGCCUACCACUCUGCCCCCUGCGCCGCCUGCGGCCUGCCCCCAACUCCCGCACCAUCGCGAAGUCCUCGACGUCUAGGUCGCCAUUCCAGUACCUUCUAGAAUAUCAGGAUCGCCAGCGCCGCCGCAUCGGGCGGCCCUGUGGCCCAUGGACAAGCUCCGCGUCCACCGCUGCACCGGCGACGCGGUCGAGUGGUCCCCCUCUCCCAUCGUCGCGCUCGCCGCCUCUCCCUGCGCCUCCCAGGUCGCCGCCGCGCGUGAAGACGGCUCGCUCGAGCUCUGGCUCGUCUCCCCGGGCUCCGUCGGCUGGCACAACCAGCUCACUAUACAAGGCAACGCCGCGUCGAGGGUCACAUCACUGGUGUGGGGGCGGAGAGGUGGAGUGACCGGCCGGCUGCUCUCGUCCAGCAUUGAUGGGUCGGUGUCCGAAUGGGAUCUCUUUCACCUGCAGCAAAAGACUGUUCUAGAUACUGUUGGAGUUCCAAUCUGGCAAAUGGCCAUCGAACCUUUGGAUGAUGCUAAAAAUACUGAAAAUAAUAGCUCAGAGUUUGCUGUCAAUGGUCAUACAAACCAAAAUGACUCCAGCGAUUCUGACUUUAGUAACAUUGAUGAUGGUGACAACUCUGAGGAUGAAGAUGGUUCUACCAACACAAGAUCUUCAUAUCAUGGGAAUGAUUUCCAGCGAAUGGCUCUUGCAUGUGAUGAUGGUUCUGUACGAUUGUUUAACGUGCCUGAUUCAGGUGCAUUGACUUACUAUAGAUUUCUUCCCAGAGUGAGCGGGCGGUCUCUCAGCGUGACAUGGAGUAGUAACGCCAAAUUUGUAUUUUCUGGCAGCAGUGAUGGUUUAAUCAGAUGCUGGGAUUCAACAUCUUUCCAUGAAAUGUAUCGUAUUACUGCUGGAUUAGGAGGGGCUGGUACCUCACCUGAACUUUGCAUCUGGACACUAUUGUUUCUGAGGUGUGGAACUAUUGUUAGUGGAGAUAGUACCGGGAGUGUACAGUUUUGGGAUAGCCGCCAUGGAACACUUCUGCAAGCUCACUCCUAUCAUAAAGGCGACGUGAAUGCACUAACAACUGUGCCUGGUGAGAACAGGGUAUUUUCCGCAGGGUCCGAUGGCCAGGUAAUUUUAUACAAAAUAUCAAAAGAUGAAUUUGGUGCUACUAAAAAUGUGGUCAAAGAGCAAGUUCACAAAUGGGUCUAUGUGGGAUAUGUGAGAGCUCACACUCAUGAUGUAAGGGCACUGACCAUGGCUGUACCUAUCUGUAGAGAAGAUACAUCACCUGAGGAAAAGGUGGUGAAGAUUCGCCGGCGUGAAAAACAUGAAUUUAGUUACCACAAAUGGGCUCAUCUUGGUGUUCCAAUGCUUAUAUCUGGUGGUGAUGACACCAAGCUGUUUGCAUAUUCAGCAAGAGAGUUUACUCAGUUUGCACCUCAUAAUUUCUGCCCUGCACCUCAACGCCCUUUGAUAAAGAUGGCUAGGGAUAGCACAGUCAAUGGAGAUUCUGUAAUGCUUGUCCAGUCUCCAAACUGGUUGGAUAUUUUACUUGUGACAGUUCAGAACAAAUUGACGACUCCAAGUACAUCAUCAUCUAGAGGAGAUGCUACAGUCCGACAACUUGCUCGUUUGAAAAGCAAGGGGUCCAGAAAAAUCAUUUCUAGUGCUGCCUCUGCCAAUGGAACACUUUUGGCCUAUUCAGAUGGUGUGAGACCCUGCCUCUUUGCACUAAGGCAUAAGGGUGGAAAGAAGUAUACCCUUGACAAAUUAGAGCUACCAAAAGGAUUGCCCUGUUCUCAGAGUAUGGCGUUUACGGUUGAUUCGUCCAAUUUGAUACUUGCGGGACGUAAUGGAAAAAUAUACAUCAUUGACAUUGCAACAAGAGAAAUUUCAAAUGUAUUUCACCCUACAAGAAAGGCAGAUGGAGCAAAAAUCUCAAGAGAAUCACCUAUAACGAAGAUGUUCCUAAGUGCAGAUGGGCAAUGGCUGGCUGCAGUUAACUGCUAUGGCGAUAUUUAUGUAUUUAAUCUUGAGGUGCAAAGGCAACACUGGUUCAUAUCCCGAAUGAACGGUGGUUCUGUUACAUCUGGUGGAUUUUGCCCCAAAAACAACACACUUGUGAUAACUACAUCUAAAAAUGAGGUGUAUGUAUUUGAUGUGGAAGCAAAACAAUUAGGCGAAUGGUCCAAGCGAUAUACACACCAGUUGCCCAGAAGUUUCCAGGAAUUCCCUGGAGAGGUCAUUGGCUUAUCAUUUCCUCCGCAAAGCUCAUCGUCAGUUGUUGUAUACAGUACCAGGGCUAUGUGCAACAUCGAUUUCGGAUUGCCAGUUGUUGAGGAUGUUGGCUUGCCAAAUGGAUCAGGUGCACCAGCAGAGAAGGCAGACGCAAAAAAGAGUAAAAAAACAAGGCAGAAGCGUAAGGCCCGUGAUGAAGAGUCUACAGAGGAGAAAAGGAACAACUUCAACUUCUUUGCGUUUAAAGAACCAGUGCUCUUUGUUGGGCAUCUACAGGACAGUUCAAUUUUAAUGGUAGAGAAGCGAUGGAUGGAUGUUGUUGAAGGUUUCAGCGCACCAGUUGACAGACAUAUAUAUGGCACAUGAUUCUUGCUAACAUCGGCCUUUGGCGCUCGUGACAAGCAAACCAUUGUUUUUGUUUUUUUUUCUCAAGUAAUGCAAAACAUCCGUCCUCAAGCAUGUCAACGGUUGAAAGGGGCUACAAGAUAUUGCAGCACAAAGUGAAAGCUGCACGUAGACUUUAGAGUCGGGGAUUGUGGCAAUGGUGUAUUUUCUUUUGUUCUCUAGUAAUGUAGUGGACUCCCUGCGCCAGUUUGUCAUACCUUGUCGCUGCGCAAAAUUUUGUCACAUGUAAACACUGUAUCAUCACUUCUGUUAUUGUUGAGCUGAUAUCUUCUGUUUGCCUCA